GUAAAAUCUGUAGGAAAAUAAAAUGGCUGUCUAACUUUGUUCUGGUAUUUCUGCAGAAUGAACUUGAAUAUGGAGCAGAGGAAUCACCAGUGUCUCCUAGACUGCCGAUUCAGCACCAACAUUCACAAACUGCAGUACAUGGUGUUCCCAUUUCUUCCAAUCCAUUUGCAUCGUUAACAGUUGGACAGGGAGUUCGUUCUGGGCAUGUUGAUCAUCAAGCAAAGAACUCCGUUUUCUCAAAUGCCCUGUCCAGUCCUGUUCGUCGUAGCCUGCAGCACUAUCACUUGGCACAAGGUGGUUAUCAUUCGAAUGUACUGUCUUGUCCAAAUGGAGGUCGGAGCAAUGAGAACCAAAACAGGGAUGCCAAUUCUCCGAUCGCCAAUGAUUGUAUGGACAUGCAUGCAGAUAGUCCAGCCCAUGAUUUCUCUUACUGAGUUUGUAUGUGUGCAUUUUCUUCUAGAUGUUUACAUUUCUUUUGGUUGGUUAAAAGUUGUUAUGACAUGUUUGAAAACACUCAGAAUUGGCUGCAUAUGUAGUAUAAGUUCAUUUUCAUUUUUGUAUAUCUAUCAUUGUUUUUCUCCUA